UGCCCGGGCAGAGCGACGCACUUCUGCGCGUCUGGCUCUGACAUCACUGGCUAUGAAGUUACAGAUAUGGCAAUGCCACUCUUGCAGACAGUUUAGUCUUCUUGAGACGGACAGACUAAAGCCACCGCCAUCAUGUCGCUCAGCUGGUCAGCGAAAGACCACAAAAACAUGAAUCAACCUGCCGCGACCGGACAAAAGCGAUCGCGCAACGACGCGGGGAACAAAGUGACGGUGGUGCUCGGUGCUCAGUGGGGAGACGAAGGCAAAGGAAAAGUCGUCGAUUUAUUGGCGACUGAAGCUGACAUUGUAUGCAGAUGCCAGGGAGGUAACAAUGCAGGACACACAGUGGUCGUGGAUGGCAAGGAGUAUGACUUCCACCUUCUCCCCAGUGGAAUCAUCAACCCCAAAAGCACAUCACUCAUUGGUAAUGGAGUGGUCAUACAUCUACCUGGCUUGUUUGAGGAAGGUGAUAAAAAUGAGAAGAAAGGUCUGAAAGGCUGGGAGAAGAGACUAAUUGUCUCAGACAGAGCUCACCUCGUGUUUGACUUCCACCAAGUUGUCGAUGACUUACAGGAAACUGAAAGACAAGCACAAGAAGGAAAGACCAUUGGAACAACCAAGAAGGGCAUCGGACCUGCGUACUCGAGCAAAGCAUCUCGCACUGGCCUACGUGUUUGUGACCUCCUGGGUGACUUUAAGGACUUCUCCACAAGAUUCAAAAAUCUUGUCCGCCAGUACCAAUCCAUGUAUCCAUCCUUGACGGUUGAUGUUGAAGACCAACUGAAAAAACUCAAGGAGUAUGCUGAGAGAUUGCGGCCGAUGGUCAGAGAUGGGGUCUAUUACAUGUAUGAAGCUCUUCAUGGAUCUCCAAAGAAAAUUCUGGUUGAAGGGGCCAACGCUGCUCUUCUUGAUAUUGACUUUGGCACAUAUCCUUUUGUGACAUCAUCAAACUGCACUGUGGGCGGGGCGUGCACUGGUCUCGGCAUCCCCCCUUUGAAUAUUGGUGAUGUGUUUGGUGUAUCAAAGGCCUACACUACCAGAGUGGGAAUAGGAGCCUUCCCCACAGAACAACUCAAUGCAGUGGGAGAGCUUCUGCAGACAAGGGGUCAUGAGGUGGGUGUAACCACGGGAAGAAAGCGACGUUGCGGCUGGUUGGAUCUUGUCAUCGUCAGAUAUGCUCAUAUGAUUAAUGGCUUCACAGCCAUUGCUUUGACAAAACUUGACAUUCUGGAUGUGCUAGAUGAAAUUAAAGUUGGAGUCGCCUAUAAGCUCAAUGGGAAAAGAAUUCCUCAUUUCCCAGCCAACAUGGAUGUUUUGCAAAAGGUGGAGGUUGAAUAUGAGACCUUCCCUGGUUGGAAGACUGACACAUCUGCAGCCAGGAAGUGGAACGACCUCCCGGCCAAGGCACAAAACUACAUCCGUUUCAUCGAGAACCACAUUGGAGUUCCUAUCAAGUGGGUUGGUGUUGGAAAGUCCAGAGAGUGUAUGAUCCAGAUGUUCUAAGAGGAAACCUUUAUCUUCCCUUGAUGGAAGCACAUGAGGCAUCUUUUCAUCUUCUAAAAUCAUCUUCUCCAUUAAUUAAUAAACAAAACAUUCAUGUAAUCUUUGUGCAUUGUUGGCUGUGUCUUCUAUCACUACACUGACUAGAUUUAAUCAUAAGUGUCAAUUUAUGUCCAUAUGCCAACUAAAUGAGAACAAAUGUUUUCAGAUAAAAGCUAAUAUGUCCAGAGAGGGCACUCAGUAGAUCAUUUAUCAAGCUAAUUUGAUUUCUGGAGCCCAACUUGACUGUCAGGGAAAUUAAAUAUAAUCAACUCAUGCAACAGUUCCAAAAUUAUGCACUGUUCGAUCUCUGUGUGUUGGGACUGAGUUAAUCAUUAUAAGUGGUUUAACUUGGAGAAAAUAAUCACAUCCAAAUACUAACACACUUUUGAUACUUGAGAAUGUUCUUUUUCCUGUGUCUGGUUUACUCAAAGUGUCAACACCAAUCUGCAGCUACAAAUUUCUGAAAUUAAAAAACAGAAAUUACAAACUCGCGACAGCCCAUGAAGGCAGCACACCGUGAAAGGCUUAGGAUAAAGUUUAUGGAACCAGAAACCACGUGACAGCCGAGGAGUUGUUGGAUUGGCUCUGUGAUUUCACGUGACAAUAAGGGAUGUGUUUGAUUGGCUUCCUGCGGCCUGUCUUGCAGUUUUCCCGCAACAAACAAGUGUUGAAGAACACGGGGGGAGUUUUCGCAUCGAAAAUGCCGAAACGAGCUUGUCCUUUUCCUGAAACCUUCUCUUCCCAAUACAAAAUACAUAUCGGACAACAGGAGCUGAAUAAUUACGGUGUGUUUGGGAAUAAAUACAAGCAAGAAAUCUACG